CCUCUCUGAUAUUUGCUGUAGUAGUACCUGUGAAAAGAAACCACAGUGAGACACUGUGGAUCAGUAUAUCAGUCUGAAGAUCUUGGUAAGUCAUAACCUGUAAGUGUCUUUAGUGUUCUUCUAAUAUGUAAAUGUAAUAUGUGCUUGCAGAUAAUGAGAAGUUCUACUGUAGAACAUGACAGGAACUGGACUGUACGAGUGCAAUAGUGGAAAGGAAAUAGAUAAGUGAAAUCAUUUGAUCAGUACAGAAAGAGAUCGGGUUGAUUGAAAGAGGUUGUAUGAGGGGGAGGAGUCGCAGUGCUGCUGCAUUGCGAAAUCUACAUGUGAAAUAUAAAUUGCUCCAUUUCCACAUGUUCCACACAGAAGCAGCUGUCAACACAAGACACUGGUCCACUUUAAUGCACUGCUUGUUAGAUGGUAAACUUUCACAUAUGCAGAGAAUAUACUGGAGAAGAGAACAUUUGCUUUUACAGUCAGCUCUCCAAACCAGUGCAGCAGCAAGAUCCACUUAAGAUGCUUUCAACAGAGCCUCCUGUCAGUGUGUUCGCUUCAGAGAACCCCAGCUACAACAACUCCCAAAACAACACUUUCCUGGACUCAGAAUUCCGCUACAGACUCUUCCCCGCUUUCUACGGCGUGGUGUUUGUAAUCGGGCUGGUAGCCAAUGCGUAUGUCCUCUAUGUCCUGCAUCACAUGCGAGAUUCCAGAGCCAUGAAUGAGAUGCGCAUCUACAUGACCAACCUGACUGUAGCUGACCUGCUUUUCGUCUGUGUGCUUCCCUUCUGGAUUAGCUAUUAUUGUCAGAAUGGCAACUGGAUCUACUCAGACACUCUGUGCAGCAUUAGUGGCUCGCUGUUCUUUGUCAACACCUACUGCUCUGUCCUCUUCCUCACUGUCAUCAGCGUCAAUCGUUACUGGGCUGUGACUCAGCCACUGGUGGCCGCUUCCACUGACUGCUGGAAGCGUGGCGUCAUUAUCUCAGUGAUUGUCUGGGCCGUUACCCUGGCGGCGGCAGCCUGUCAGCUUGCUACACCCGGCAUCCAGGAAGACAAGAACGCAGUCGGUGGCACCAUCUCACGAUGCUUCGAGGGCUACCAAAACAAUGACGCCGAAUCUAAGCACCCUGUUGUUGUUAUCCACUUCAUCAUCAUUGGCCUGUUCUUUACAGUCUUCCUCCUUGUGGUGCUGUGCAAUGUGCGCAUCGCUUACACCCUCCUAGCACAGCCCAUUAGUCAGCCACGACCCAGUACAGGAAGACGGCCCCAAGGUACCAAACGACGUGCCUUGCGGAUGCUGUGCGCUGUUGUAGGUGUGUUUGUUGUUUGUUUUGUUCCUCAUCAUGUGGUCCAGGGACCCUGGACACUGGCCGUAUUGAAGUUGACCAACUGGAGUGAGGAAACCCGGCAGUUUCUGAAUGACGCCCACCAAGUCACACUGCUCCUCAUGGGGUUGAACUGCAUCCUGGACCCAAUUGUAUACUGCUUUUCCACCAGAAAGUUUCGCAUGUACAUCCAGGGUCACCUGAAGAGAGUGAAGCAAGGCAAAAACUGCUCCAACCACACCAGCACCACGGGUUUGUCUGUGAAAAUCAGGAAUCAAUGUGAAGAACUGAGUGUCUUUGAAGAGAAGGACUAGCAGAGAUUUGAAAGACCUCAAACAAACUUUCACGGCAAGCUGUAUUUACGGUCUGGGACAUCUAGCAAAGACUUGGCAUUUUCAGAUGAGGUGUAAAAAUGAGCCUGCAUCUGGGACAGAAGGAAUUUCACAUUUUUAUCCAGAAGGUAGAAACGAAUUCCCACUGGCAUCAUUAUCAGCAGGUAGUCGAACGGCAUUGUGGGUAUUGUAACAAACUGUUAAACAAGGUGAAAAAAAAGCAUGUUCAUGAAAGAAGUUUAAAUUGAAAAAGACAACUCAGUAUUUCUGUACAAACUAUGUCUAGGACAUUAUUGAAGAUAACAUGUUAAUUAUAAAGACUCAGGGUGAAUUUUUACUUUCAUGUUUUUAAGUGACUGAUGGGUAAUUUCAUAAUUAUCUGUGCACUGUCCAAAAGAAAUUGCAGGAUUUCCUAGACCUGGAAAUGGUGUUUGGACUCAUCAUUAUUUCAGCAUGUAAUUAUCAGUCAUUGUAGCUUGUUCUGGACUUCCCAUGUACUCUGAAUUUCAUAAUGUUGAUUUCUUGGGCAAGUUUUGUGUUCCUUAAAAGAGAGGAAAUACAGGGUCUUGUGUUCUGUGGUUCACAUCACCAGUGCUCUCCCAUGUUUGCAUUUUUAUUCUGAAUUAAUUCAUCAGCUAAAUUUAAAGACCUUUACUCUUUAAUCAGGUAGAUUUUACUCCAGUGAAAGCAGUAACUUGUAAAGAGAGCAGUUCAGGGUGGGGACUGGGAAUCAUUAUGGAUCAUGCAUGUUUGUGGGUUUGUCACAGGGUUUGCCGUGGUUGGAUCUUCCAGCAGGACAAUGAUCCAAAACAUACAUCACAAUCAACACAAAAAUGGUUUACUGACCACAAAAUCAAGGUCCUUCCAUGUCCAUCCCAGUCCCCUGACCUGAACCCCAUAGAAAACCUGUGGGGUGAACUGAAGAGGAGAGUCCACCAGCGUGGACCUCGAAAUGUGAAGGAUCUGGAGAGGUUCUGUAUGGAGGAACGGUCUCAGAUCCCUCGCCAUGUAUUCUCCAACCUCAUCAGGCGUUAUAGGAGAAGACUCAGAGCUGUUAUCUUGGCAAAGGGAGGUAGCACAAAGUACUGACUAAAAGGGUGCCAUUAAUUGUGGCCCACAUAUAUUUAACAAAAACAAACAAACAAACAAACAAAAAAAUAUAUAUAUAUAGAAUAUUUAAAAAAUAUAUUUUAAUAUAUUUGCUUAAGGGGCACACAGUGGCUUAGUGGUUAGCAUGUUCGCCUCACACCUCCAGGGUUGGGGGUUCGAUUCCCACCGUGGCCCUGUGUGUGUGUGUGGAGUUUGCAUGUUCUCCCCGUGCUGCGGGGGUUUCCUCCGGGUACUCCGGUUUCCUCCCCCAGUCCAAACACAUGCAUGGUAGGCUGAUUGGCGUGUCUGUAGUGUAUGAAUGGGUGUGUGAGUGUGUAUGUGAGUGUGCCCUGCGAUGGGUUGGCACCCUGUCCAGGGUGUACCCCGCCUUGUGCCCCAUGCUCCCUGGGAUAGGCUCCAGGUUCCCCGUGACCCUGUAGGACAAGUGGUGUAGAAGAUGGAUGGAUGGAUAUUUGCUGAAGCUUUAUUGUUGUUUUUUUUAUUUGCAGUGUAUAUGAAUUUUAUGUGUCUGCAGAU